ACCUGGGCGGUGGCCCGGGGAUGCUCCCAGACGCAGUACUUCCUCCGCGCCGGGAGAGGGCGCUGCGGCCAGGUGCGGGAGCUGGAAGAGGACGAGGCGGAGGGCCGCGAGUCGGCCCGCGCAGGACGCGACGCACGCGCACAGCGACCGCGCCGGGUUCGGCUCCCCUUUUUUGGAGAGAGCCCCUGACGUCCCACUGGCGGGGCACCAUGGUGGUGGGCACUGGCACCUCGCUGGCGCUGUCCUCCCUCUUGUCCCUGCUGCUAUUCGCCGGGAUGCAGAUGUACAGCCGCCAGCUGGCCUCCACCGAGUGGCUCACCAUCCAGGGGGGCCUGCUGGGCUCCGGCCUCUUCGUGUUCUCUCUCACCGCCUUCAAUAAUCUGGAGAACCUGGUCUUUGGCAAAGGAUUCCAAGCAAAGAUCUUCCCUGAGAUUCUCCUGUGCCUCCUGCUGGCUCUCUUUGCAUCUGGCCUCAUCCACCGAGUGUGUGUAACCACCUGCUUCAUCUUCUCCAUGGUUGGCCUGUACUACAUCAACAAGAUCUCUUCUACUCUGUACCAGGCAACGGCUCCGGUCCUCGCGCCAGCCAAGGUCUCAGGCAAGGGCAAGAAAAGGAACUGACUGGAUGUCCAAUAAAGUCGAUUCUUUGUACUUC